AUGAUGACUAGAUGAGACGGCAUAUGCUCACGAGAGUGUGUGCUACGUAUUAAAGUUGCCAAACGAGUCUUCGCGCGAAACGAGAGAAUGGAACUUUAGGGACAUUGUUUUCUUGAGGACUAAGGACUACAUGAUGGAGCAGGGGUCAGAGGAAGACAUGGAGAGCUCGUGGACUCUGCUCUCCUUGCUGGCCUCUAGCGUGAUGGUGUUUGGGAGUGCCGUGCCCUAUUUCCCCCAGUACCAGGAGAUUCAGAGGACUAAUAACACAGAGGGUUUCUCGACAAGAAUCUGCCUGCUACUGCUUAUUGCCAACAUACUGCGCAUUUUCUUCUGGAUAGGUAAGCAGUUCGAGCUGUCUUUGCUCCUUCAGAGUGUGGUGAUGAUUGUUACAAUGUUUUCUAUGCUGCACUUGACCUGUUCCAUCCAGACCAGCAACCAAGUCAGUACCAAACAGCACCAUAUCACAGAUUUGGACCUCCGAUAUUUCUGGAGCUGGAGUUCUUUUGAGGACUACCUGAUGUUCUGCUUUGCCUUUACCCUGAUGUGUGCUUUUAUAACAUUCUUCUUUCUGGACUGGGUCUUGUUUGUGGAAGCUCUGGGCUCUUUGGCUGUUAUGUUUGAAGCCAUGCUUGGUCUGCCUCAGCUGGUACAGAACUACAACAACCGAUCCACUCGAGGAAUGAGCGUGAAGAUGGUGCUUCUGUGGACCGCUGGUGACAUCUUUAAGACUACGUACUUUGUGAUCAAUGAAAGCCCCACACAGUUCAUGGUGUGUGGUGCAGUGCAGAUCUUAAUUGACAUUGCUAUUCUGCUCCAGGUGGGCUACUAUGGCCAAGACUCCAGAAUCAAACUGGGCUGAAUUCACUUUUGAAGAAUAAAGGUGAUGUUCAUCACUCCUACACAAGGACAUACUACUUGCUACAAGCUUUGUCCAGAUCAACAUGCUUUUACUUGCUAUAUUUUUGUAGAAAUACAUACACUACUUGGCCAAAUGUAUGUGAUCACCCCCUUGUAAUUAACAUGUUUGUCUAUUUCAUCUACAAUCAUUACUAGCAGAAAGAUGCAUGAAAUCAAGCACACAGCCUUGCAAUCUCCUUUAAAAAAAAAACAUUUUAAUAGAAUGGGACAUAACAUUUCUGUUCCAGCAUGAAAAUGCCCCUGUCCACAAAGUGCGGUCUAUAAAGAAAUGGUUUACUGAGUCUGUUGUGGAUGAAUUGGACUGAACUGAACACUUUUAAGAUAAAUUGGAACACUGAAAGAAAGCCAGUCCCCAUUGUCCUACAUCAGUGCUGACCUCGCUGAUACUCUUGUCUCUGAAUGGAAUCAAAUCCCCUUAACCAUGUUCCAACAUCUAGUAAAAAGCCUUGCAAAAAGAGUAGAGGUGGAUAUACAGUAGCAGCAAAGGAAUGGCAGCUUCCUAUUGUUGUAUAUAGUUUUGAAAUUAAUGUUCAACAAGCACAUAUUAGUGUGGAGUGCAGAUUAGAGGUUUGCACAGGCUUUAACAUGAAGCCCAUACUUGAGACUUACUGCUAGAAGACCAAACUCGAUCCUUAAUCAAAAUCACUCACUCUCUUUAUACAGUAUUUUCUUCUGUAAGCAAGUAAAUUUGUUGCAAUAGGCAGUAAUUUAUGUAAGUAUCAUAGACAACAUUCAAGAUAGUUUAAUAACAGUGAACAUACACAGUUUUAACAAAGCAAUGUGGCCCUUCAAUGCACCAGAGUAAAAGGAAAAAAUAUUUGGUUAGGUUUAUCAAGCGCAAAAACUGUGCUGGCUGAAGAACAAUCUGGAACCAUGUGUAACAGUGUAAGGGUCUUCUUUGUAGCUUGACCUUCUUGAAAUGUUGAAUCUUCAUGACGCCUGCACUAAACAAAAAGCAGUGCUACAAAUGAAAUACUUUUUUGUAAAUUUGCACAAUGUCUAAAAACUUGGGUGGUCCUGCGCGAGACACUAAAAACAGCAAGACGUGGCGCAAGGAUCAAAGAUGUCCAUCCAGCACAUGUUUACAUUGAAAAAUAAUUUUAAAAACAGAGCAGAUGCUCACAAAAAUAUGUUUGUGUGAACAGAUCCUAACUCGUCUGUUUGCACUUGUUUGUAAGUAAGAGCACGUGCAGGAAACAAACUACAUUGACCUAUUUUUUCAUUAGCCAAUUCAUACAAGAAAAAGGUACCUGAACCCAACAGGUUUGUCGGGACCCGCCAGGUUUGGGUCGUUUUUCAGACCUUUAGUUUGGAUGUCCACAUUCUUUGGACCCUGUAAUUAAUUUUUUGUGACAAAACACCUAUGUUUAGUUGCUCUUUUUUUUCUUUCCUUAAAGUGUUACACUUCUUUCAAAGACUACUUAAUAUGCAUCAGCCAAAGAUGUUCCAUCCCAGUACCUUUCUUAAAACAACCAAGAUAAAAAUCCCUUUAAUUCUUUCAACAAAUACAUCCACUCCAAACUGCAACACAAUUAAUGACCCUUUCACUUUAUUGUUUUAGAAUGUAUUUUUGCUAGCUUUUGUGAGAGCCAAAACACUCUUAGUGCAAUUGAACCAAUGUGGAACUUUGAGAGCAUGUGCCAAAUGCAUCUGCCACAAAUUGGAUUCAAACUGCUAGCUCAUUUAUCAUAUAUUUGUGGUCCUUUUUAAUGCACUGUUACUUGCGUAGCUGCUCAGAAAAAAUCAUAUUUUAGAAAAUGUAUUAAUGUUCGACUUCUAAAUCUGAGCCUUUGAGUCAAGACCAUUUGCUGAUGAAUGAUUCUAUUACCUAAACUUUAAUUACCUAAAGAUUUCAGUGGAAUGGCAUGAGGGUAUGCCAUAAAUAUAUAAAAUAAAACUGAUUUAUAAAGUUUAAUUACAUAACUAACAUGAAGAAAAUAAAAACAGAUAGAUUAGUUCAGUUUUAUUAUUAACACCAAUCAGUAGUCCCCUUUCAACAAAGUAAUUUCGCUGAAGGAUCAUUUAAUGGCCAUUAUUUAUAGUAUUGGUGCCAGUAUUUGACAAAUGCAGUAUAGUUUUGUCCAAUGGAAAAUAAAUUGCAUAUAUGCUUUCAGAAGUUUUCAGUAGCUUUCUUGGGUUGAUAGUCUACAGUACUUUGUCCUCAAAGAUAACAACGAUUACCUCUCCACUUGAGCACAACCCGUAUAUAUUGUCCACAUGUUUAUCAAUGCAUGUCAUGGCAAGAUGAAGGGCAGCCUGCCCUCAAAUAUUGACAUUUUGACUUUUUUUAUGUGAAAGUUGAUAGGACUGGUGAUAAAAAUGCCAUCACCUCAGCUUGGAUGCUGGUGCUGUUGAUCAGCUAUGAUGAGUUCUCAUCAUAAAAUAGUUCCACUCCAUUAACUUACCGUUCAUACAGGCUCUUUGAGAUUAUGUAAUAUUUAUUGCUGCAAAGAAAGGUCACUAUAACUUUAAAUCCUGCUCUAGUGCCAGGAUACUCAGGUGGACACAAAUGUGGCCUUUUAAAAUGCAUUUUCAGAUCUCUGUUGCUUUUUUGAUUUUCUCUCUACGUCCCUGCCAACGUUUCACUUUAGGUAUUUUGAAAUGUUGAUGGAAAGUUUAAGCCUGGUGACUCCUUCGGUAUUAGUCUAAAUUCAAAGUUUAGAUGUUUGUUAUUAAGGAUGUUCACAUAAUCGUUGUCUCUCAGCUGUAUGAGCAGGUUUUAUUGGCACUAGUUCUCAUUAUGUGUGUGAGGUAAAUCUUUGCUCUAUUGUUUUGUUAAUCUCCUCAGCAUUAUCAGCAACUAUGGCCCAAGCAAAUCUCAAAACAAAAUGUUUAUUCAUAUAAAAAUAUGCAAAACCAAGCCACUCAAAAUACAUGUUGAAUACAUUGCAGUAUGUUCUAAUAGCAUAUGGAACUAUGUGCCUGCCACUAAUGUUAAGGAGACCUCUUGGACAACGUACAUCGUGUUUGUCCAGUCAGUACACUCCAGCAGAGGAAAGUUUUAUUGCUCAGUAGACUUAACGGAGUCAUAUCAGUUAUGCUUAAUUUAACUAUCAACAUUGUCUCAGAUGUUUCUCUCAAAACUUCAAAGUGGCGGAAAAAAAUAAUAGACACAAAUUAAGCAAUUGUGAAAUACAGUAAGCGUAUAGAGCUACGAAAAGUAACGUGGGUCGCUCUGGCAAUUAGAAACAUUUGAGUUCAGAAUGAAAUCUCUUGCAUUUGGUAUUUUUUUUAUAUUUUCUGAAACUUUAAGACCUCUUAGACAUGAGUUUUUUGUUUUGUCUUUGGUCAGUAGAAAUGUUUGAGAAGCAGGACACUUUAGCAAAGUCUCUAUUUGCUCCCCAUGUCAUCCCAAUGAUGUCUAGGAGAAACAAAUAGAGGUCUGCAUGGGCCUUAAAAUGAAACUCAAUCCUGACUCGUACCCGAGACCGUGUGACCCUGCCCGGCCCAAACGAUACAGUCAGGUUUUAAGCCCGAACCGAACCUGAAAUCACUUACUAUCUAAUUUCUUCUCCUAGCAAGUACUGUUGCAAUAUUCUGUAUUUUAUGUAAGCAUAUAUGCAAUAUUGGUAACAUUACUGAAACAGUAAACAUACAUAGUUUUAACAAGGCACAGCAGCCCCCAAGUACACUAGAGUAGAAGGUGAAAAAAGCAUUGACUUACCAUUUAUUUGCUGAAGCUUCAUUUGUUGCAGAACAUUCUGGAAUAAAAUGAAAUAAUGCAACAGUCCCUUCUAUGCAGCCUGAACUUGUUCAGAUUGUUGAAUCUUUGUGACAACCAUCUAGACGCAGUGCAAAGGAUGAAAAUUUGAAGUUCAUUCUUGUUUUGUUUCAACAGCCAUGGAUUUCUUUCUAAUGUAUCUGUUUAUAUUUGUACACUUUCAGUGGUUUUUUUUCUUCUUUUUCACAUGACUGGUAAAUAGCUUUAUAUCUUUAUCAAACUCUUCUCUCAUCUUUCAAAGAAGAAAUCACAUUGACGAGCAAGAAAAUGGCCUUUUAUGUGUUUAAUGUUGUGUGAUAAUGACUGAUUAAUGUUGCCUUAAUGGUCUGAACAUUUUUGUCAUUUAAUUCUGAAGGUGCCUUGUUGACAUCAAAUCAACCUGUCUUUAUGAAUAAUAAUACAUUUUAUAUACAGUGUGUAUAUAUUACUAUACACUGCAUAAAAUAAAUUAUUAUGGACUUAAUAUCCUUUUAAGAGAUAUCAAGAUCAGCACAUUCUGUAUGCAACCUUUAGUUUGGCAUUUGAAUGUACAGGUAUUGUCUUGUAAGCAAAUGACUGGGAGUAAGUGUUACUGCACAGUAUGAAAUAAUUCCUGUUUCGCAAUAAAGA